UGUUAGAAGAAUUUCUAAACAAAGAUGGAGCAUGAUUCGACUUCUCAGAGUGCAGAUGUAGCACAGCAAACAGAUGCUAUCGAGGAGCCAGGUACAGAUAAAAUUAUACAGGAUUCUACUGGAGGAGAAAGUCUAUUGGACCCAGAACAGCAGCAAAACCCUCAGGAAGAGGAACAUGGAAGCUUCAUCCAACCGUCACAGUUUGAAACUGAGGAGCAAUUGCAUGUGUCAGAAGAACAACCUGUUAUUGAUGAGGUAACAGGGGCAGGACAGGAAGAGCCAACUGAAACAGAGAAAGAAUUGUUCAUGGGACAGCAGACUUAUAGUUCUGAUCAGGAACAUCCCGGAGUAAUAUUAGAGCCGGAAGUAACUCCAUUAGAGCAGAACCUGGCAUCAGACACAGUAUCUGAGCAAACAGGAGACCAAACAGAUCAAGACUCAAGUACAGAACUUCCACAAACUGAGCAGGUGGUCCCACUCGGUCCAGAAGCCAAUUUAGAACAGUCUGAGGACAUACCGGAGAAAGACAAUGCAUGUGCAAAACGUGAACUUGAAAAUAAUGGAUCUUCAGAAUUAUCUAAUUCUACAGCUACAGUUAAGGUUAUGCUGGUUCCUGAUGGUCAAGUGGUUACCAUGGCAUUUUCUAUUGGAUAUUCUGUACAAAACCUUAAAAACUACUUUGCUGCUGAGAUGAAAAUACCUGAAACCGUCAUUCGGAUAACGUUUGAAGGACGUGUCGUAGAAGAUGAGGAGACGUUAAUGGGUUUGGGAGUCAUUCCUCAUGGAACCAUUCAACUGGAGAUCAUGUCCCUGGAUCCAGAGAACCAUCCAUUGAAAGCAAUGAAACUACAACAAGAAUACAGCAUGCCCGAUGUUAUAACCGUCAGGGUGCCAACAGGUGCAGAAACGUACCAUGAUCUGGUGGUUGAAAUUGAAAGACUGAACUACCGUAAACCGUACCUCGGUGGAUAUCGCCAUAAAGCGACUGGGGCUAUUUAUCACCACGCCGGCACUCAGACCGUGCCAAAAAAGAGGCCAGACAAAGGAAUUGUAGUGUUCUGUAGGGACACACAAACUGUAUUUGAAAAAAACAAGGCACAGCAGUCAAGGAACUCAAUGUCAACUCAAAUGACAAAAAUUGGUUGCUAUGUGUCAAAUAUAAGUGACAAAUUGAUACAGCCGAAAGAAUAUCUGACAGCCGACGAAUUCCAUGCGAGACGACUCAAAGCCGUAAUAGUGAUACAGACCUACUUCCGCCGUUUCCUCGCCAAACAAGUGGUGCAGCAGACACGAGAGGAGAAAAGACUGAGGUUGGAAUGGGAAGCGAAAGAAGAAUUACGAAGAAAACGUGAGAAAGAAGAACGUUUGAGGAAGGAUUAUGAACGCAGAAUGAAUCCAAAAACAAAAGAAGAUUUUGAACUACUCUACCAUGCUCUGGAAAUAUGGAGAAAAGAAGAAAUUGAGUGUAUUGAUCAGAAGUACAGUGGUACUGAACGAACAGACGCUCUCUGUAAUCUUCUGGAGCAAGAAACGCAGCUAAUAGCCUCGAUUGGACGCCAUAAAAUUGACGCAAGUGAAGAUAACCAGAAAAAAGUCAUACAACAACUUCUAAGCAAGUGCUCCCAACCUAAGAGAUGGAACGCAUUUGAUGGGAAACUGAUUGAGAUGGACACACCGUUCACCAUCCGGGCGAGAGAGCUACGUGACAUCUAUAACAGCAUUAUCGCCAAAAAUGUCACUCGUGACGAAAGGCUUGACGCGCUUUUGACUCUGAAACAUACUGUGAAGGAGCAUGACUGUAAAUUAACGCAGGAGAUUGUUGAGCUGAUUGACAGGGAGGCUGAUCUUUUGAUGCGCGGGGUUCAGGAUUGCAACUUGGAUGGACUGCGGAGAAGAAUAUCCACGCUUUUCCUGCAAUAUAUAAAAGUUCCGACCUUUAACCCAGAGGUUGCCAGACUGCUGAAGGUACCUCAGGACUAUUCAGUUCUCCAAAAAAACAUUUACUUCUGCCCCAGUUGCAAGAGCUAUCUACCGUCUACUGAGUUUUCUCUUUCUGCCAAUGCACACACUGUAGGCAGAUGCCGCAAAUGUUCCAAGUUAGAUAACGAAGCUCGGAAACGGGAAGACUUCACCAAAUAUAAAGCUUUACUCAAACAACUUAAGAAAUCAGAAACAGAAUAUGACGAUGGAGCUAGAAUAGCAUAUUUGUUGCAGCAACAAGACCUCCAGUAUCUUGUUGAGAAUAUCUGGAGUGGUCACUCCGUACUGAGUGCCUUCGAUGACCUGUACGAAUUAGCGAUGGUGAGGUGGGACAAAUAUUACGAAUGGUCUCCGUGGAACUGCAUUCUCCUAACCAAAGAUGAAGCGGCUGCCCAUCUCAAGCUUGCCAAUGCAGAGCAGGCUUAUAGUAUUGUUUUUAUUAAAAAGAUCAAGCACAGGCAUACUCUUGCCAGGAACUAUUUUGCGCAGAUUGAAGAGAUGGCACCAUUCCUAGGUGGGGAGCGAGCGAAUCCGAAGGCUACAAUUAAUGAUUUGAUUACUGGCAAAACUAUGACAACAAUUCCCCACGUUUGACCUCCGUUUAAUCAUCUUGAUCUGCCUAUUUUUAACUUAAUUCCACAUGUACUUUCAUCCACAUUCAUAUACCGAGCAAAGCAUUGGGUUCCAUUAAUAUCAGAUAUGUUACGUUUAAUUGUUUUGUAGCACAAUAAACAUAAAGUAUUGUGCGGAA